AUUAUCCCGGCAGCGAAUUUUGUGCCGAAAGUCGAGAAUGUGUGAAUUGCGGCGCCGUGCAGACCCCGUUAUGGAGACGCGACGCAACGGGACAUUAUUUGUGCAACGCCUGCGGUCUUUAUACCAAGAUGAACGGGAUAAAUAGGCCACUCAUUAAGCACUCGAGGAGACUGGACGGCUUCUCCUUCCAAACCUCAGCGCGUAGGAUGGGUCUCAUGUGUUCCAAUUGCGGUACAACCACGACAACUCUCUGGCGCCGAAAUAAUGAAGGCGAACCAGUGUGCAACGCCUGCGGCCUCUACUACAAGCUGCACGGGAUCAACCGGCCACUGCAGAUGCGCAAGGACUCGAUCCAGAGUCGGAAGAGGAAACCGAAGAACAAGAAAUCGGACGAGUCCCCCGAGGGAAGGAGAAGGAGAGAAGCCAGCCGCCGAGGAGCAGCCCGCGAAGGAGCCCGAGCACCGCGCUCCCGAGCCGACCACUGCCAUCUCCGCCCCCAAGCCCCCCCAGCAGCCGCAGCCUCCGCAAGCCAGCCAAUCAGCAGCCAUCCCCAGCACCAGCAGCCAAUCAAACGUCAAGAUCAAGCAGGAGAGCCAGCCCCCUUUCACCGCGCUGCCGAGCCCCCCUUCCGGCUUGGUGACCCCGCCAAUCACGCCCAGCCUGAACUGCACCUCGGCCAAUGGGAUGUUCGGGCCUUACGCGUCGGGGGCGUCCAAUUUCAAGUUGAUGAUAAGCUAGGAGGGGAGGGAGGGAGGCCGCGGGACACGACGGCGAGAGCACGAGUGGAAUUUUUUGGAUAAAAAAAGGGGGGGGGAAGGAAGAAAGGGAAGAAAUAGAAAAAAAAGAGAUAGAGAGAGAAAGUUGAAUGAUCGGGAAAUAGGAGGAAGCGCCAGCGGACGGGCGGCCGGUCGGGGGGGUGGGUAAGAAGAGAAGUGGAAAGAAAGAAAGAAGGGAAAUAAAGAGAAUAAGAAGAAGGGUAACAAAUAGAUCCUUCUUGUGGAUGCCAUCGGAUGCGGGUGAACGGAGCGGCCGCAAUCGGUCAGGCGCUGGGGGGGUCCGCCUCCCCAACCCCCCUCCCUCCCCAACCCCCGCCCGGGACCCGACCCGACCGCGGUUCGCUCCCUCCGCGGCGCCCGAGAUCCCGACUGUGAAUGCUCUUCUUCAAAGUGGCCAUAUACAAAUAGAUAUAUAUAGAUACAAAAAUACAUAUAUAUAUCUCUAGGGACU